CACUCCGCAGGCUCCUCCCGCCCUUUGGCCGCAGUUAAAACCCAAAUGUCGGCUCCGUACCAGGGCAGAGGGGCAGUUCUGCACGGCCAGCAACACUGGAGCUGCAAAAGGAGUCUCCGUAAACCCGUGCAACUUCCUACCACGCGCACAUCUUUUCUUUUCUGUGGAGUCGGGUCGCUGCCAGGAUGACCACUGCUGUUGUGUCGCCCUUUUUCGACUUUGAAGUUAUGAACAAGAACAAUAAACUGCUCAGCUACAACAACAACCACGUGGCCGCCCCUCACACCAUGUCUGUCCCCUGCACUGGCACAAACCUGCCCCUCUCGAGCCCCGGAGCCCUGCUGGACAGGAAGGCUGUGGGCUCCCCCCCAGGAGUGUACCAGAGACGCCACUCUGUGAGCAGCACCAAGUUCAGCCAGAACCAGUUCAUCAGCAGUCUGAAGGCCACAGACCACCCUCUCAUCUCAGGGCUAAACAACAACAAAGAGAACCGCCUAAGGGAGCGCUCCUUCUCCGAAACAGGAGAGCGGCUGCUCAGCAAGUGCCUGGGUCCGGCCAGCCCUGGCGGGGGCAGCCCAGUCAACUCCAGUCGAUACAAGACAGAGCUGUGCCGACCCUUCGAGGAGAACGGCUCCUGUAAAUAUGGAGACAAAUGUCAGUUUGCUCACGGCAUCCAUGAACUGCGCAGCCUCAGCCGCCACCCCAAGUACAAGACGGAGCUGUGCCGCACCUUCCACACCAUCGGCUUCUGCCCCUAUGGCCCGCGCUGCCAUUUCAUCCACAAUGCAGAGGAGCGCCGCGGACCCCCACAGACGACACCCCUAAACCCCUCCAAUAAGAUGGAGCGUCCACGCCUGCAGCACAGCUACAGCUUCGCCGGCUUCUCCAGCUCGGCCGGUCUGAGGGACAGUCCCACCUCUGUCACCCCUCCUCCAGCCUUCUUCCCGGACGAGCUCUCAGAGUGGCCCAGCAGUAACCCCUUCACCUACUCCAGCCAAGAGCUGGCCAACCUGUUCGGCCCCAGCCUGGGGACAGGUCCCCUAGGCUCUGAACCGGGCGCCCCCCCCUCUCCCACCAACACACCGUACUAUUUCAGACCCAUGGUAGAGUCUCCCCACUUGUUUGAGGCCCCCUGCAGCCCCCCAGACUCUCUCUCAGACCAGGAGGGCUACCAGAGCAGCUCUGGAGGCAGCCUGAGUGGCUCCGAGAGCCCCACUCUGGACAACACGCGGCGCCUGCCCAUCUUCAGCCGCCUCUCCAUCUCCGAUGACUAACUGCACUCUCUAUCUGUUCCUAUGGCGGUCUGUUUAUACCUUAGGACUGACUGACUCUCUCUGCCUCUCUGACAUGGCACUCCCCGUUACCUCUGCCCCUGCCCCGCGUUACCCUUGCCCCCUGAUACAUGUCCUCCUAUGUGGAUGUCGUCUUUAAGGGAAGCUACACAUGAUCAUGCCAUUGUAAGCUGCAGUCUUGCCCUGUCCUGUGUCAUAGUGCCAAACCAGAGGAACCAAACAGUGGAGAACAUGGACUGGAGCAGGUGCCACUGAUGGUGACUUGUUGUUGAAUGUGUAGCAGCACAGGAGGCCUUGGACCAGGGGUGUGGCCUUGGACCGGGGGCAUGCACUAGACCCCUCCCACUGUAAUUCUGCCUUAGCCGACGGCGCUCACGGACUGCAGCAGCUCCAGCCUUCACAGACCUAUAGUUUUUAACUCAAAAUGGCUGGUUUCUGCGUGUUAUGGGUGAAUGGACUACUGUUUUUGGUUCUUUCCUCUCCCUUCUGCACCCCCCCCCCCUCCCCCCACAGAUCUUGUGUAAUUGUGGACUGGGUGAUUCUGCCGGAAAGACUCUUUGAACUGGAAGUUGGGUUUGCCCCUCUCUCUUUCUCUUCUUCUUAAAUGUUGCUGGUCACUGCCUCUCUCUUGGGAGGGAAGAAAACCCCGAUAUCAAACUGCUCCUAGCCCCGCCCCUUUCCGCACUGGGGGUAAUUCCAGCAUUCCCUGAUCAGAUCUCAAGCUGUUUUACCGUUCCGCCCCCUCUGCGCUGUCACAUCCCUUGGCUUUCUUUGUUUGAAAAUUAUUUUUUAUUAAUGUUAUUAUGGUUAUUAUAUUUGUUUGAAAAACUUUCCAGACAGAAGGUUUGCUCACUGCUUAUUUAACUUAUCAGAACAUAUUUAUUGGUGAUCAUAUGCAUUUUUUGUUAAUUUUGUUUAUAUUUAUCUGGAUAAUGAGCAAUAGAAUAUAUUUUCUUUUAUGUUAAAUUAUGAUCUUCCGUAUUAAUCUUAAGAUUGUGAAGACGUUUUGUCAAGUUCCUUUUUUCACAGUUUAAUAUAUUGUACUUCAGUGACUUUUGUUCUUGCAACUACACUUUGUCAAAAAAGUUAAUUUAAAGCAAAAUAGACGUUUGCGUUUUGAUUAUUUAUUACUUUUCCCUCGUAUCUGACUGCAAUCCCGUCUGGACUACCCAUCCUCCACUGUCAAAGGAGCCGUUUCGAGUAUUUUUCCGAGUACUUUGGGUUGAAAUGGGGUGCACUACGGACUCCAAUUGUAAGGAAUUACACUGUGGAGUCCUGGAAUUCUGUAAACCCUCUGUUAUUCCGAGCGAUCGCUUCACCAAAUGGGUUUAUGGAGAGUGGGAUAUUUUGUUUUUCCUUGUUUUGGAUCAGAUGCUUGUUGCACUUGCUUGGCUCUCCUUCGACCAUAAGAGUGCCUUUACGACAUUCCAGGUAGCUAAUGUAAGGUCUAUGCCGCCUUUUAUUCUAUUAUAUAUUUGAAAGCUCAAAUGAUUUUUUUUUUUUUUUUGUUUUAUUUCAAAGUCACUUGUGUGUUGCCUUGACGUGUUAAAAGAGCGGUGAACGAUUCGACGCAAAGAAAGUAAAAGAUGAAUGUAUUUCAGCCAUGUUUUUAUGUUCACUACAGUAAUUUUGUGAGUUUCUAUGGAAACAAACUUUCUCUUUUUGUAAGUAUUGAUUGCAGUUAAAUAAACCUGUAUUUUUGGAAAAGUUCAA